AUGGCCACGUCGAUUGAUCCAACAAACCGUUUCGAGCGGGUGUGCAAGGAGUACAUAGCCGCUCUUAAACCUACUUCCGGCAAGGAGUUGUUCAUUGAAAAGAUACUCCAGUCCCACGGCGCGACCAUAGAGCAUACUCAACUGUCCGUCACUACCAUGAUGCAGGGAUGCUCCAAAAGUGAAUUCAGAAUGUGGAUGGAUAAAUAUGUCAUGCCGGUGGUGCACAUCCUGGACAAAUUUUCGAGAUCAAUCGAUCAGAUGAUUGCGGCGUACCCAACGCCAUCUGCACUUGUUUGGGGCGGGCUCCGAUGUGUCAUUGAGUGUUUGAUGAGUUACUCGGCAGGCUUUGAAAAGGCAAAAGCUGUUCUAGAAUCACUGGAGGGACACAUCAGAUCUCUGGAGCUCUGCGAUACAAUGUAG